CAGGCGACGGAGAGCCCCGCCCUUUCCGGUAUGGCCUGCUGCCGGGGGCGCCCCGGCGUGGGCGUUGGAGUGGUGGUCGUCAGUUCUGCCCACCCAGGAUGCGUCCUCCUCGGCCAGAGGAAGAGCGCUGUCGGCGCCGGCCUGUUCCAGCUCCCCGGAGGACACCUAGAGUUCGGUGAAAGUUUGGCAGAAUGUGCAGAAAGAGAGGUUUUGGAAGAGACAGCCUUGCACCUAACAAAUGUUCGCUUUGCAUCAACUGUAAAUUCUGUUAGCCUGAAGGAUAAUUACCACUAUGUAACGAUCUUAAUGAAAGGAGAGGUGGAUAUGAAUUAUGAAUCUGAACCAAGGAAUCUGGAACCUGAUAAAAAUGAAAGUUGGGAAUGGGUAAAAUGGGAAGAGUUUCCUCCAGCAGAUCAACUGUUUUGGGCUUUAUGCUGCUUAAAAGAACAAGGUUACAAUCCUUUCACAGAAGAGUUUAAUCACCUUGUGGGAUACACUGGAAAUCAUUGUGUGAAAAAAGAGUGCUAAAUUUACUACAUGGGAAAUAUGUGUUUUUACUGAGACAUUUAUUUGUAAAAUGAAUUCUGUAUCACCUGGGAGGGGGUAGUUUUAUCUAAGCAUGAAGUCAGCUACUUCCACCAAAUGUAGCAAUAAUCCUUGACACUAAACAUGCCACAAAAAUGCAGCAUUUUUUUGCCUCUACUCUUCAAUCUACAAUGGCAAGUAAGAUUUUGAUGUAAUAGAUAUGCACUAUUACAAAGCAAGUGUGGAAGAGGGUACAGUAGAGCAGCUUUCCUGAAAGCGUGAUGAGCGCUGCAACCCCAUAGUCGCCUUUGACUGGACUUAACUGUCCGGGGUCCUUUACCUUUACUUUAUUAAAUACAUGGUUGUUCCUUCCAUACCAUGUGUGAUAACACGCUGAUUGCUUUUUGAAUGUUGUUUUUGAUAAACAAGUACAGUGGUG